AGACUUUCUCCAUCAAAAGAGUGUGAGAGGAGUACCGUGAUAGAAUAGAAAAAGACCAGACAAAAGUAAAACUCACAAUGGUGGGGCAGUAUACGGUGACUAAACCAAGCCGCAGCGACGAGGUUUUGGAUGUAGAUCAACAAUUGAGAAUUGCCAGUGAGAUCAAAGCUCAGUUCGAGUCCAUCGCCCCCAAGCGUCCUGUCAAGCCCAACAGAAGUGAACCUGACUCGUCAACGCCAACCCCAGUGGAGUCCACAGCCGUAGACCAAAACAUUCCUGAGCUUAGCAAGUUCCAGGCCCUUCAAUCGCAAUCUCAUGUUAUGCUUUCGGCAGAGGGAGUUACCGAGGUACAAGAAGAGUACGUGGAGACCCAGUACUACAACGAGUUGCACUCCAUUGACAAACAGCAUCACACGACUGGGAAUGGGUUUAUAAGGGUGGUGGGAGAAGAAGGUGAAGGUGGAUAUGAUAUUCAGUUGCAAGAAGGAACAGGUGGGAUGGCGUACACAGCCUUUAGAAGCAAUCCUGCGACAAACGAUUGGGUACCAAACAUUGAUGAAGAUCAGGGCUUUGUCUCCUCAAAGCCAAAUCGGAGCGAGAGUUCUUAGAUCUGCUGGGGAAAAGGCUUUGAGAAAGCGACUUGUACCUAAUUUCCAUGGACUGUGAUCUGUAAAAUUGAAUAAAGAUCGGAAAAGGAUGUGUUAGGUUGUAGAUUAAAAAUUUCCAUUAAUGGCUUUUAAAUCAUUGCAAGCAAGGACUUCUACAUUGUUCUUAUCCUUCCCUCAAAAAAAAAAACGUUGUUCUUAUCCAACUGCACUGUACCAAUUUGAAAUUUAAUAGUAAUUAAUUCAAUGAUUCAUGGC